CUCCUGUCAGUGAGGGUGAACUUUCUAAAUCAGGCAAUGUCUGGGGAUUCUGAAGCCAGAAUGACCAGUGUUUCUUUUCUGCUUGUUCUACUUACGCUCGUCCGUGUCUCACUGAGUGUGGAAAUGACAGGGUUGUAUGGCAACUUCACCUCCCCCGACUUCCCCCAGCCAUAUCCUGACAACCAGCACAUAGUGUGGAACAUCACUGUUCCAGACGGCCACCGGAUCAAACUCUACUUCACCCACUUCAGCUUGGAGCCCUCCAACCAGUGUGAAUACGACUAUAUCCAGGUUUUGGCAGAGGGGAACGAAACGUUGCGGUUCUGUGGCGAGGAAGAGAAGAACUAUGAAAGCGCCCCCGGGAACACCAUCAUCCUGUCAGCCGGGAACCACAUGUCACUGGUCUUUAGGAGUGACUACUCUAACGAAGGCCGAUUCACCGGCUUCCAAGCAUUUUACACCUCAGAAGACAUCAACGAUUGUCUUCUCAAGGUUGAUGGGGAAAGUGUUUGCGAUCAUUUUUGUCACAAUUACAUUGGGGGCUAUUACUGCACAUGCAGGCAAGGAUACCUUCUCCAUGACAACAAAAGAUCCUGCACAGUAACGUGCCAAAGCCAGGUGCUGAAGUCAUCGUCUGGAGUCCUGACCAGUCCAGGCUACCCGAGCCCCUAUCCGCCCAUGAGUCGGUGUGACCACACCAUCCAGCUCCUGCAGGGCUCCAGGAUUACCCUGGACUUUCUGGAACCAUUUGACAUCGAAGGACACCCGGAUGUCCCCUGUCCGUACGAUUUCCUGAAGAUUUCAACCGCUGGACAAGAGUAUGGACCCUUUUGUGGCUCAAAGUUGCCAAGUCGCAUCGACACAGGAAGUUAUCAAGUGCGUGUCAUAUUCAGAUCUGAUUCUAGUGGGAAAAAUAAAGGAUGGAAGAUCAGGUACAACAGUACCAAGACUUGAGCCCAAUGGAUUCCUCUGUCCUGGUUUCUUCUUGAGAUGUCAGGAGUUCAUAGCACAGCUAUUGUAUUAGUAUUGUGCUUCAUUAUUGCUCCCAUGUGAAAGUACUAUUAGAUAUACAAUGCAGCCAUAUUAAGUAGAAGAUGAAUUGUGCAUUGAGUCAAUCAGUCACUCUGGUCUACAAGGUAAUAAAUACAUAUCGUUUAACCUCUCUGCAUUAUGCAGCUCGCUCUCGGUAAUCCCAGCUUGUUGCCUCUAUCAAAACAGUCAUUACAGGGGGUCAUGAGUCUCCUGAAAUUACCUCUCAUUUUACACUUAGCGUUCACUCACAAAUAUUUUAUCUGUGUGCUCCGCACGAGUUGCAAAAAGAAAAAAGAAAAAUCACACCUGAGUAUGUCACUGUGAAAGAAAAAUGACUUGUUUUUGUCUUGACUUGUCCGUGAACCUGUGACUUUUUAAACCGUAGUAUGUCAUAUUUUACCCUUUCGCUGCCAUAAACCUUCAAGUUUGAGACCCAGAGCAACAGCAAGACAGCGUUUGUACUGACUCAUGUGUCACCUCGGCAUUUACAGCCAAAGAGCAUCAUAAGGUUUUGGGUGGAAGUGAACUUACCACAUGGGAUACGGUUUAUUACCAGCAUGAAAUGUCCAGACAGUCCUCAGGGCACCUGGGUGCUUACGGAGCAGGCCUCCACUUCUUACCUGAACACUGUUGAGUCAUCAUCUCCUCCAUGUAGACGGUGUGAAACAUGAUAGUACAGUUGAGUGCUGCUGCGCUGUAUCACUCUUACUACAAACAGAUCAGUCGAGCUGGAGCUGAUUCCACAGGAAUUACGCACACUAUGAAACCCAUUAACCAGCUAUUGGACAUUACCUUGUGGCAGCAUGUUGCCAAUAAGCUUAGAGCUCAUAUACCCAUUACUCUGUGACAAUAGUAUGAAGACAGUAAGUUGGUGUAGAAACAAACGUGAGGAUUUAGCAUAGUCAGGAGACCAAACACCAAUUUACUGAAGAAAAAAAAAAUGCUUGAUUCAACACAUUAGGAAGUGCAUUUUAGUCAGUCAUUGCAGUCAUAUACUGUUACUCUGUAAUGUAUUUAAAAAGAGAUUAUUUCACCUAUUAGGCCUUGGUAACAUGCUAAAGCUCAGCAGUUUUGCAUCAACACAAAACUAAGUGAUAUUUUUCUGAAUUCUGCACUUUUUCCUAUCGAUUCCAAAAACAAAAGCAGGCAGUGAAACGUCAGUCUCAGUGCAACACCAAAAGAUGAUCUUUUUGCAAAUUCAAAACCAUCAUUCGUGUUCAUUGUUCAAGAGAGAGGGGGAGAGGAAAUGAAAAGCAUUGUAUAAGCCAUCACAUGUAUGUGUCACAUGCUCCUGCACACAUGGACCUGCACACAUCGUCCACACCGUCUUACAUCACACAGGCUGAUACCCAACUUCCACUGGGGCAUGUACACAUACAGUAAUAUAUCCUUACAGACAAAUCAUACAGGUGAACUGUUUGUACAUGUGUGUAAUUUAUUUGUCGCACAUGUUUAUUUUGGCACUGAAGUGGAAUUCACAAAACAUCAAUGAUUUAAGAAAAUAUAUACACAGUAUUUUAAGUCAAGUUAAGAGGAGCAUGAUCAACCUGGUUUCCAGACGUAAAACCCUUCCAAAGCUCUUCUGGAUUCGCUGUGAUUGAAGACAUAAAUGCUUGUCAGUGAAGAACUUUUCAUGACUUUUUGGUACUUCAAAGUAUUUUUGUUACAUCUACUCAAACUUUUCAUUUAAUCAUUGAGUUUUUCUUCUCCACUGUAAACUUGUUGCUCCAGCCUUUUAAUCAAACAUUGAAGUAAAAACUUGAUCCAAUCUAUUGGGUUACUCAGAUAAGCUUCUUAUUUCCCUGUAUAACUUAUAAUUUAGUUCAAUAUUACAACUACACUGUGAUUGUUUUCCUGGUAAAGAUCCUUGAGAUGAGUUGUGUCAUGAAAUGGCAAUAAGCAAAUAAAAUCAACUGAACUGAAUAAAUCAAAUCUUUCACCUUUGCUGGCAGUGUUUGAAGUCACAAA